AUGCGCAUCCGAGUGAAGAUCACGGUGCAGAAGGAGGUUGCGCAGUCCAGCGUUCUACAGCAGACGAUGGUGAUAGAGUUUCAGAUUGUGAACCAGCAGUGUGAGGAUUGUCAAAAGUCCUUCACACCUCACUGCUACAAUGCCAUUGUGCAGGUCAGGCAGAAGGUGCCGCACAGAAGGACGUUUUGCUACUUGGAACAGCUGAUCCUGAAGAGUGACGCCCACGCCAAGGUAACGUCUUUGAAGGAGACCAGGGAGGGCCUUGACUUCUACUUCGAGACCAAGAGCCACGCGCAGAGAUUUGCAGAUUUCGUGGAAGCUCAUGUGCCAACCAAGACCAAGCAAUCCCGACACCUCAUCUCUCACGACGCCAAUAGCAACACCUUCAACUUCAAGUACACCAUCAUGUGCGAUCUUGCCCCCAUUUGUGUAGAUGAUGUAGUGCACGUGCCAAAGGGGCAGAGUGCAGCGCUGAACGGGGCGCCGCCGCUCAUGCUCUGCCACAAGGUGACCAAUGCCAUCCGGCUGGUUGAUCCACUCUCACUGCGAAGCUAUGACAUUCCAACACCAGAAUACUGGAAGCGGCCUGUCCAUUCAGUUUGUCGACGGGAGCAUCUCACCGAGUAUGUUGUCUUGAACGUGGAACCCGUUGAGAAAGCGGAGGCCGGCUCUGCUGCAAGGCACAACCUACCCGGGCGGGGCAAGAUGUCCCUGGCUGAUGUGGAGAUUGCUAGAGCCUGCGACUUGGGCGUCAACGAUGACCGCAUCAUUGUCCGCAGUCAUUUAGGAGGCUUCCUCAGGCCUGGCGGUAGAGUGAUGGGCUAUGACCUGCGCACGGUCAACGUCAGUGGGAUCAGCGACGAGGCCUUCAAGGGCGGGACGCUAGACGUCGUCCUGGUGAAGAAGGUUUACAAUAGGAAGAGCAAGAGGAAGUGGGAGCUGAAAAGGCUGAACAGAGAAGCUGUGGAAGGGGAGGAUGCUGUUGACGAUGAUGCCGACAUGGAGGCGCUGAAGCAAGACCUGGAGGAAGACCCUGACUUGCGAAGAAGUGUCAAUAUGUACAGGAGUGAAGCGCCUCCUGGAAGCAAGGGCGAGCAGGAAGAUAAGCCCGAUGCCGCGGACGAGGAUGAGGAUGCAGACUCGGAUGCACCUGAGGUGCCACUUGCCGAGCUUCUGGAGGGCCUGGAGCUUCGCGAUUGA